AUGGACACGAUUAGAAUUCCUGUGAUCAUGGUCACUCCUGCAACACCCUCGCGAGACUCACUGCCGACACCGAUGCGGGUGGCGCUGCGAGAGGAGGUGCCUUUCGACGGUCUCGAGGAACACCUGGAAGAGUACGAAGGGGCAGAGGGUGGCUUUCAAAGUGUCGCAGGCGACAUAGAAAGCAUCCUGGACGGGUACAUGGCGGACGGAGAAGAGGAAGACAACCACACUCAUUCGGCGUCACAAGAUGUCAAUUACACUCGUUUAACACUCAACCUUGGAAAUGCCUCGGUCGCGAGCAUGGAGGACCUGGUAGCCACGCUGUCUGUCAUCGGUAGAGAGGACGACGACGACAGGAGCUGGCUGAGCCUGGAGGCCGAGUCACGGUCGAGCGGCGACGUCGACGUAUCCAGCAUGCAGUCCGCAUUUAUAGUGGUCGACGCGCCGAGACGUCUUGUCCGGCCUAAGGACCGACGGCAAGGUGAAGCACACGCGGCGGACGCGUGCAGGGAAUGCAGUUUCGGCACAGACGUUCCUGUGGUGCGCCGCCGUCCGCGGCCUGCACAGCGAUCUAGGCGAUACAAUCCAACUUGGCGCCAUGCAAUGUACGUCAGCGCAGAAUUUUGGCCCGCGCAGACAGACUUGUUUGAGCCAUUUGAAGAGAAGAAGAGAACUCCGAUGCGACGACUCAUCGUGCAAGGCGCACUCGUGGUCAAGACACGAGCGCGCAAAUUGUCCCAUCGGACGGUAUGA